AUUCCAGUCAGCUAUUCGACAUCCUCAAAGGCCAGAACAUUUGGAGUGUCUUGUCGUGAUAAAAUGUAGCAUCUCCAAUGAAAGAAUGUGUGUGUGUGUGUGUGUGUGUGUGUGUGUGUAAAAUAGAGGAUGAAGCAAAUAAUUGAAGAAGAUAGGACUAUCUAACAAAAGCUCCCAUGUGGCCAGGAUUGAAACAUGAGGCUUAACUUUCUUCUUUCUGGCAGACCGCCACAGAACAAAGCAUGGCCUCUUCGUCCAUCAUUCUCCCAAGCAUUCCAGGCCCUCCUCUCAAAUCCCAGUUUCUUGGGGGAAACCGCCUCUUUCUCAAACCCUUUUUCACGAUUCAGAAACAGUCAUCAACCCAACCCCUAACCACAUGUGCCAAAUUUGACCUAUCCCAAAUCCUGGGAGGCAGAGGGCUCUGCAAUGGGGAACAAGGUCUUCAGCAGGAGCUGAAGAAAAACAUUGAAGAACAGGCAUCUUCAGCUUCUGAUGCAAAGCAAGAACAAUCAGGUAGCGUUGCGAUAUCAACACCUGGCAAUGUUCCAGAGGACGCUUUCGAAAAGGAGCUGAUGGGGCUAACUGGGGGGUUUCCCGGUGGGGAGAAGGGUUUGAUAACAUUCAUAGAAAGAAACCCACCUCCAAGGAAAACAGCAGCAGAUUCAGCAAAUCUACUCGAAGUUACCAGCUCGAAGAAGCCAAAAGCUCCAGAAUUGCCGCUCUUAAUGCCUGGUAUGAUUGCCAUUGUGAAUAACCCCAACAACCCAUAUUACAUGUACUGCGGUAUUGUUCAGAGAAUCACGGAUGGAAAGGCUGGGGUUCUUUUCGAGGGAGGAAACUGGGAUAGAUUAAUUACUUUCCGAUUGGAUGAGCUGCAACGCAGGGAAAAGGGCCCUCCAUUGAAGAAUCCCAAGUCUGCUAUCCUCGAGCCUCUGCUUGAGAAAAAGGAUUCAAAAUGAUUCCAUCUUUCCAUAUCUGUUGUAUCAAGUUCAUGUAUAUGCCAUAUGUGUAGUUCUGACAACAUAGGCAAAGGCAGAGUAACUUCAUCUGUAAACACUUCCUUUCAACGGUGUUCAAUUAGACAAAAGAAGCACAGCUUUCAAAUUCACGGCUGUGUUUA